AGGAAGCCUGACAAAUAGGAAAAUACUACAAAGUGAAGAGAAAAUUCACUUCAUGAGAACCGAGCUCUGCUUUCAUUGGCUUGUAAAUUUUAUUUGUAUUAAUAACUGAUUAGUGUCAGAUCAUCUCUGUAGUCUACUGUGGUGAAGUUAUUAGGUUAAAGCUGGAAAAAAUGAAACAAUUAAAAAGAAAAAGAAAAAGCAAUUUUAGCGUUCAGGAGACUCAAACUCUCCUUAAGGAAAUAAGAAAAAGGAGAGAAGUACUCUUUUCAAAGCAACUUAAUACCACAAUUAAUGAGAUGAAACGGAAAGCUUGGGAGGAAAUAGCAGAGUGUGUAAAUGCUGUAGGUGAAGGAGAGCAAAGAACAGGGACAGAAGUGAAAAGGCGAUACCUUGACUGGAGAGCACUCAUGAAGAGAAAACGUCUGAAUGCAAACAUCAAAGUAGUAGGUACUGGGUUUCACCUUCCUUCACCCAAUUUAGAUGACUCUCUCAAUGAAGACAUGGAUGAGAAAAUGGGAUUUGCAAUUGAAUCUAGUUUUGAAUGGCAAAAUAUCACUGACUUCAGAGAAGCCGGUGGAUCUUUAACAGAAAUCAAAGUAGAAGAGGAAGAGGAGGAUCCGCAGAAUUUUGAAUUUCCUAUUGAGGAAGAAGAAGAAAUUUUGUCAUCAGUUUUGCCAGAUUCAAAAAAGGAAAAUGACCUACCAGACUUCCCCCACAUUGAAGAGUUUGGAAACCUAAGCUCUGCUCAAGCUAGGCUAGCCUAUGAAGAUUCUCACUUGCUUAUUAAUCUGGAGAAGCAGAAGGUGGAGCUGGAGAAACAGCGACUAGAUAUUGAAGCUGAAAGGUUGCAAGUGGAGAAGGAACGCCUGCAAAUUGAAAAAGAACGGUUGCGGCAUGUUGACCUGGAGCGUGAGAGACUUCAGAUUGAGAAGGAGCGACUUCAGAUUGAAUGGGAGAAACUGAGGCUAGAGACUUUGCAUGCAGAAAAACCUGCCCUGGAAAAUGACCUCACACAAACAGAAAAACCUGUCAUGCAGCCUCUGGAUCUAGAAACUGAAAAGUUAAAACUUGAAAAAGAACGUUUGCAGUUAGAGAAAGAGAGGCUGCAGUUCCUAAAGUUUGAGUCAGAGAAGCUACAGAUUGAGAAGGAACGCUUGCAAGUGGAGAAGGAGCGCCUUCGAAUUCAGAGAGAGGGUCACUUGCAGUGAACUUCUUGAGUGAAGUCUCAACAUUAGUGUUUUGGUGUUUGUAAAAUAGAGGUGGUUCUUUUCUUAAUACUGAAACUGUCCUAGAGGCUUAACAUUCUUCUGUUCAGAGUUGAAUGUUGAUGUUAAACUGAAAAAGAAAAAAAGAAUGGUGCUCAGUAUGUCAGUGUGCCUACAUAGAUGAGCUUAUGUGUGAAAUUGCUUUUCAGUGUAUGAGAACUAAGUGUUAUGUUAUCUUGUCUUCAGUAUUGUGUUGUAUUAGUUUGAUGUCCUCCACUCAUAGACACAUUGAGAAGAAUCAAGGCUGAACCAU